CCCGCGCCGCCAUUUGACAGCGGGGCGGGCGGCCGGGCCUCAUCCGGCGCCGGGCGCUGCCGGAGCCGCCGGUGAUGAAAAUGAGUUGCACAAUUGAGAAAGCCUUAGCAGAUGCUAAAGCGCUGGUGGAACGGCUGCGGGAACAUGACAACGCCGCAGAAGCUCUUAUUGAACAGACUACAGCUCUUAAUAAACGGGUUGAAGCAAUGAAGCAGUACCAAGAGGAAGUCCAGGAGCUCAAUGAAGUAGCAAGACAUCGUCCUCGGUCUACAUUAGUGAUGGGUAUCCAACAAGAGAACAGGCAGAUCAGGGAAUUACAACAGGAGAAUAAAGAACUACGCACGUCUCUUGAAGAACAUCAGUCUGCUUUGGAACUCAUAAUGAGCAAGUACAGAGAACAGAUGUUUAGGUUGCUUAUGGCAAGCAAAAAGGAUGAUCCAAGUAUAAUAAUGAAAUUAAAAGAGCAACAUUCCAAGGAACUGCAAGUGCACGUGGACCAAAUUACAGAAAUGGCAGCAGUAAUGAGGAAAGCCAUUGAAAUUGAUGACAGGCAUGGCUGUAAAGAGCAGGAACGUAUCAUUCAGCUGGAACAAGAAAACAAAGGCUUGAGAGAAAUUCUUCAGAUAACCAGAGAAUCAUUCCUGAACCUUAAGAAAGAAGAUGCAUCAGAGAGUACAUCCCUUUCAGGAUUAGUAACAAGCAGUGAUUUGAGCCUGAGGAAGAGCUAAAGACUGUGGAAGCCAACGAGCUUUAAUUGCACACUUUACAAACGGAAUAUCAGGGGUCACUUGUCAAGCACUUGUUACUGAAUAGGGCACCAGCAGGCUUAUGCAUCUCAAACUUCAGUUUAGUGGCUUUUGUACCGUGUAAGAGAAACUCCAACCGGUAUUCUAUAAAUACCAUAGUGACAGAUUAAUUGCCAUAGAUCUAACUUCAGUAGGAAAUGGAUUAAUGCACUUAAGGAAUUGGGAAUUAUUUUUAUAUGAAGUCAUUUUACAAAUAAAACACAUAAUUUCACUUAAUUUAUAUAAUUUAUUGCUCGGACAAAACUUCAAUGCAGCUAUUAUACAAUAAACGUGAGAUUUAAAGGCUGAUCUCUGGCUAAAAGACAGUGGCUGACUAUGCUUUGUGCACCAUCCAUACUUUGUUUUUCCUUUUAGUAAGUUGUUUGAAAUUCAGCAUUUAGCAAUGAGCCUCUUUUAAUGCAGAGAGCUAGCAUAAAGCUGAAGGAUUUCUGCUAGCCGCAGGCUGUCCUGUUACAAUGUAAGGCCAGUUGCUUCAACAUAGGUGAUAAUUUUGCAGUUGUAUUUACCUUAUGAGAGAAAACCAAGCUCAGUUCUCUGUAGGUGGCAAGCUGCUGGAGUCUCACGUAUUUCUUUGGGGAUUGGCUGCCCAAAGUGGGAAACAGCAAUUUGAAAGCACCUCAAUCUAUAGGCGGAGAAAGAUAACUGGGAGAAGGAGUGGUGAAGUUCUAUAGCAAAGUUGGCAGCCUGCACACCUGCAAAUAGUAUUCUCCCUCUUUGAGUACUACAUAGUCAAGGAGCUCUCAUAGUCAGCGGGAGCUUUCAGUAUGUUACGCUGACAGAAAGACUGCUCACUUCUUUUCCUGAAAAAGCUGCAGAGGUGAAAAUGAAUUAGCGCUUCUAAAACAAGAAGUAGCUUGCAUUGUAUGCCUAUACACCAGAAGUGCUUCAUAAGAUGUAUUUGCCAUAAAAGAGGUGCUGAAAUAAUUCACAUCUGGCUUUUGUCAGACUGCUUCUGCUACUUGUUCAAAGUGCUAAGGCUGUUGCUAAGACUGAUUGUAUUACCACAUUUUGUUCAGCAUGUUACUGUAUUCUUGGAAUGCGUACUUGAAGUACAGCAAAAACAGAAGACUGCAGAUCUACAAAUGGUAUACGCGCUUUGGUAUUGGGGCUGUUUAAUAACUUACCUUGCAAAGUGAGUUGAAGACUACAAUCAGUUAUCAUUUAAACAAAUUUCAUUUUCAGUUACAACAAUGCGAAUGGAAUUGAGCAUUAAGCACUGUCAAAUGUGGCAGUUUUAAAAACAAUGUUGAUUCAGUAAAACCUCCGUAGACGCAAAGGUACGUGCAACAAAAGGUCUAAUAUGGAACUUUAGAUUCCCAGUGGAUGGAUGGACUUACAGGGAGCUUAAUAUUUUUGCUUUGAUACUGUCACAUGCUUUAUGAGAAGCAAGUAGAGUGGUAGGAAAAGCGUGUAGCAGAAAAUAAACACUGAGUUCUUAUUAAUUAAUACAUCUGCCAAGAAACGCAGCUGGAACGAGAGCUCAGAAAGGACAGGAAUGAAGCUCUCCAACAUUCUACGUUUUUUGUAGUUGGGGUAACAGCUGCUGCUUCUACCAGAGCAUCAUAGCUUUUUUUGGUAGGUUUAAGAAUAUAUUGAGGACAUUGAUGUGCGUGAAGGUUUUAACCCUUUCCAAACUUGAAGGUUUUUUUUCUCAGAAUACUUUAUCUCAGGCUCAAAUUACACUUGUUUGCUGUUACCUAUAAAACUUCACCCAUGCUUACGUAACUUAGUAUUUUGCAUUUCUGCUGCAGCUUGCAAGCUGGUGACUUAUCAGAAGCAACAUCUAUUUUAAUGCAGUGUGUUUUGGAAGAAAUUCUGGUUUCAGUUUUUUCUACAAGUGUCUUUUCAGCUCUUGACUGAUAUCAGAGACAUUCACCUCCAUUUGACACUGACUGCAGCCCCACGGCUGACCUUCUGUUUUGUCUCAAAUACAGCCUGCAGAGUAUAUAGCAGAGAAGGGUUGUUAGACUGUGGCAGUUCUUUAAGGUUGCUCUAUUAUGAAAUAAUGCUUGAUUAGUGUUUAUUUUUGUAAAUUAAGAAAUGUUACUUAAUUUAUCUACUCCUAGUCUUCACGUUUGAUACGUCUCCCCUUCCAUUCCCCUGCCCUGAUCACUUUAGGAUUUUAAAGAGCCUUCACGUUGUGUGGAGUGACUAUUUUUCAUUGCAUACCUGUUAUUUUUGUAAUGCAGAUAGCUUGAAAAGAAUUUAUGGCUAGAAUUGUGUACUGUACAGUAAACUUAUUUUAUCAAUAAAGUUGACUGAAAAUAUG